AUGCGCCUUGUCUGUGAAAUCAAUGAGAAGAAUUAUCAAUUUCAGUGUUCUGUUCUUGAUGUUAUUCAAGUGACAGCAGAGUCCACCCUGGCCGCACUUUUUAAGUAUAAUGUUAAGACAAUGAUUCAUCAUGACAGUGUUAUUCUUACUGUGAGAGAUUCACAGUUGAUGAUGAACAUUGUAAAGACUCUGAGAAAAUGA